UAGUUCAGUACUACACCAAACACCUCUAAAAACAAACAGCAUUUGGCGUACAGCAUAAGUUUGUAUUUAUUGUGAAAAAAUGGGUGAACGUUAUAACAUACACAGUCAGUUGGAGCAUCUGCAAAGCAAAUAUAUCGGUACUGGACACGCGGAUACCACCAAAUUUGAGUGGCUUACCAAUCAACAUAGAGACUCACUGGCCAGUUAUAUGGGACAUUAUGAUAUGUUAAAUUAUUUUGCCAUCGCUGAGAAUGAAUCAAAAGCGCGUGUGCGAUUUAAUUUAAUGGAACGGAUGCUGCAACCUUGUGGACCGCCUCCAGAAAAACUAGAAGAUUGAGCAAAAAUUAAUAAAAUAAAAACAGUAAUAUAACAAACCCAAGCAGCGUUUGGUUAAAUAAAAGGGUUGGGAACAAAGCAAUGGAUAAUUUAGUAUUUUUUGGCUUGUCGACGUCUGGUCGCACUGCAGCUGCAGUCGGGGGAAAGCUUUCAACUCGAUAUAACUUAUUUUCGUUUCAAUUAUAUAUUUAUUUGAGUGCUAGUGUUUUAUUUAAAUAGUAAAUAAUAAUUAAUUAGUCAAUGUUACAGCGCAAUAAAUUACAUCUCCUUUGCAUUCUACACAUGUGUACAUAGGAAUCUCUAACUCAAAACAUAGUGUAAAAAA